AUGGCAGGACCUGUUGGAUCAUCAGACCAGCUCACUGCAGUGAAGAAGGAGAGUGAAGAAGAAGAAUGUGAUGAUUUCCUACAAGAGUAUCUGUUUAGAACUCAGAAACAGAAAGAAGAGCCUGGACUGGAUCAUGAAUCUAAGACUGAAAUAUUCAUGUCACCAUCUGAGGAAAUUAAAAAGGAAGAAAUAUCUGAUUUGAUGGAAUACAAUCACACAGAUUCUCUUCCAAAAGGAGACAUUCAAAUGAUCCAUGCUAACAAAAUCAUGCACUCUGAGGAACAACAAAACAAAGAGUGUCAUGAGCUCUUGUGGUGCCAGACAACUAGAGAGAAACAGAAUGAAUUCCAGUGUUCGGCAACAUUUGAUGAACUCCCUGCUGUUGCAUAUCAGCAACUGUCUGAUCUCAAGGAUCAUCAGAUGAUCCAUACUGGAGAAAACCCACAUCAGUGUUCUCAAUGUGGAAAAGCCUUUACUUCUAAAUUUCAUCUCAAGACACAUCAGAUGAUCCAUACUGGAGAAAAGCCACAUCAGUGUUCUCAAUGUGGAAAAGCCUUUACUCAUAAAUGGAAUCUCAAGAGGCAUCAGAUGAUUCAUACUAGAGAAAAGCCAUUUAAAUGUUCUGAAUGUGGAAAGGUAUUUGGACAAAAGUCUAAUCUCAGAAAACACCAGAAAAUCCACAAAGGAGAGAAAACAUAUCAGUGUUCUGAAUGUGGAAAGGUAUUUGGACAAAAGUCUGCUCUCAGACAACACCAGAAAAUCCACAAAGGAGAGAAAACACAUCAGUGUUCUCAAUGUCAAAAAACCUUUGCUCAAAUAUCUUAUCUGAAGGCUCAUGAGAUGAUCCAUACUGGGGAAAAGCCACAUCAAUGUUCUCAGUGUGGAAAAAAAUUUGCAACCAAUUCAGCUCUCAAGAUACACCAGAGAAUCCACACAGGAGAAAAACCAUAUCAAUGCACCACAUGUGGGAAGAGUUUCAGGACCAGUUCGGAACUCAAUAGUCACCAGAGAAUCCACAGAGGAGAAAAACCAUAUCAAUGCACUACAUGUGGGAAGAGUUUCAAGAGGAGAUCAGAACUCACAAACCAUCAAGUCAUACACUCUGAGGAAAAGCCACAUCGGUGUUAUCAAUGUGGAAUGACUUUUUGUCUAAAAAGUCUACUUAAAAGACACCAAAUAAUACAUUUUGUAGAAAAGUCAUAUUAG